UGUGGGGGAGGGAGGGAGAGGGUGAAGCUAAGGCAGUCACUCUGAGAGGGAAGGCUCCAGUGUGGUGCUUUUGGAUGUGAGCUGCUCUCCUCUAACCAGCCUCUGCCCAUCCCUUUGACUGAAACAGUGGUGUGUGGGUCUAGUAAUUGUGCUGUACCAGCUGUGGGGGGUGCUGCUGCUGCUCAGGCUCAGGCACAAGCUGACUGGCUGGUUCCCUGGCUAGGUUGUCUGAGGCAGAGUGGGGUUGACUGGAGCUGAGGUCUAGGGAAGGGCAGGGCAGGGCUGGCUGUUGGGCCAUUUGUGCCAGGGCCCCACAGGAAGCAAACAUGAGCGUUCCUAUGCUAAAGAUCGGGGCAGUUCUCAGCACCAUGGCCAUGGUGACCAACUGGAUGUCUCAGACUCUGCCCUCUCUGGUGGGACUCAACGGAACCACCAUCUCCAGAGGGGGCACAUCAGAAAGGAUUGUCAGCGCUCUAUACCCAAGACCAGAGGAGGGCUGGGAGAUCUACAGUUCAGCACAGGACGCAGAUGGGAAGUGUAUCUGUACCGUCGUUGCACCAGCCCAGAACAUGUGUAACCGCGACCCACGCAGCAGGCAGCUUCGCCAGCUCAUGGAGAAGGUUCAGAACAUCAGCCAGUCAAUGGAGGUGCUGGACCUAAGGACGUACAGGGAUCUACAGUAUGUCAGAAACACAGAGAGUCUAAUGAAAGUGGUAGAUGGAAAGCUGAAGGUGGCCUCUGAAAAUCCCCGCAGCCUCAAUCCAAAGGGCUUUCAGGAGUUAAAAGACAAGGUGACCCAGCUGCUCCCCCUGUUGCCAGUGCUGGAACAGUACAAGACUGAUGCCAAGAUGAUCCUGCGUCUUCGGGAGGAAGUAAGGAAUCUGUCCUUGGUGCUUAUGGCUAUCCAAGAGGAGAUGGGGGCCUACGAUUAUGAGGAGCUGCGACAGAGAGUCCUGCUACUUGAAACCAGACUCCACUCCUGCAUGCAGAAACUUGGCUGUGGGAAGCUCACUGGCGUCAGUAAUCCCAUCACAGUACGUGCAUCAGGGUCAAGGUUCGGCUCCUGGAUGACAGAUACUAUGAUACCCAGUUCCGACAACAGAGUGUGGUCCAUGGACGGUUACUUCAAGGGACGUCGGGUCCUGGAAUAUCGCACAAUGAAUGAUUUCAUGAAGGGCCAGAACUUUGUGCAACACUUGCUGCCACACCCUUGGGCUGGCACUGGUCAUGUGGUCUACAAUGGUUCACUGUACUACAACAAGUACCAGAGCAACAUUAUCAUCAAGUACCACUUCCGUUCUCGAAGUGUGCUGGUGCAGCGCAGUUUGAGUGGGGCCGGCUAUAACAACACUUUUCCCUACUCCUGGGGUGGCUCCUCUGACAUCGACCUGAUGGCGGACGAGAAUGGCCUAUGGGCUGUUUACACCACCAUCCCUAAUGCUGGAAACAUUGUCAUCAGCCGCCUGGAGCCUCAGAGUCUGGAGGUGCUGCAGACUUGGGACACAGGCUUUCCUAAGCGCAGUGCUGGAGAGUCUUUUAUGAUCUGCGGCACACUAUAUGUCACCAACUCCCACCUGGCUGGUGCCAAGAUCUAUUUUGCUUAUUACACCAACACAUCAAGCUAUGAGUACACAGACAUCCCCUUCCACAAUCAAUACUCCCAUAUUUCCAUGAUGGACUAUAACCCCAGGGAGAGGGUCCUUUAUACCUGGAACAACGGACACCAGGUGCUGUACAAUGUCACACUCUUCCAGGUUAUUAAGACUUCUGGAGACUGAGGACCCUCAGACUGACUGAUUUAAAAAAUGCUGUGAUUAUUGUUCUGGGGUGUCAGAGGUGGGGGGCACAGACUAUGGGAGGUGUGGGUUGGGGGCUUUAAUGUAUGGGUAUAGGCUUGGAUUUUUUUUUUUUAAAUGAAUUUCAAACUUCAUAGAGUGCUAUUACUCACAUUCUCAAAAAACCAUCCGACAGUAAGGUCGGCAAAGAUACAAAGACUGAGCACUUCUCUCUCUUUUUUUCUUUCUGUGAUGAGUAAGCAUGGUUCUUUUUAUUUGUGAUGAUAAAUAAAUAUCCUCUUUACCAUUUA